AUGAAAUCAGAUGAAGAUAGUCCGUUCGCAUUUAAAGUCGAAUAUAUGUUGACGGUGAGAAAAAUAGCACACUACACCGUCAUGGUACCGCCCAUGCCCCCACGACAAGACCUGCUUUUACUAGGAAUCACUUAUCGCAAAGUCCCAGUCGUUGCAAUCAAUGAUACAGUUUAUUGCGACACGCACAAGAUCGCGGAAGCCUUGGAAUCGCUUUAUCCUCAUUCCAAUGAGCACCCAAGCUUAUUCCCAAAAAGUCUCACCUUGGGUGAUCAUCAAAGCUCAAUCCUACAAAAAUAUCUGGUCCAAUUUGUAAUCGAUCGCCCUCUGUUCAAAUUAGCUGUGGGUUUGAUGCCCUGGCACCUGCUGCCAAAAGCUUUUUUGGACGAUCGUGAAAAGUUUUUAGGGAACUCAAUUGACGUAAAUCAGAUCAAGAAAAUGAGACCUUAUAUUAUUUCGCAGUUGCAAGUGCACAUGGCCUUUCUCGAAGAAAUUUUCCAAGAGUCGGGCGGGGAUUUCGUGAUGCAGACCGAAUAUCCUGGCUUCCUAGACGUGUCCAUCUAUUUCCUCUUCCGAUGGAUCAAUGUAAUGGGACAAGACAAAGACCUUUACGGACCAGAGAGCGAAUCUACUUUCCCACGUCUUAGAAAAUGGGUUGAAGUCAUGAGGGAGUUUUAUGAAAAGAACAAAGCGAAUGCACCCUCCACUCGAAUCUCGGGAAACGAGGCCAGCCGAAAGAUCCCGGAACCACCGAGGACGAGCGGCGAAGUUGAACCGAAGACCAGGGAGGAUCGACUAUUGGGUCUGACUCUGGGUAGUCAAGUAGCCGUAACGCCAGAUGAUUCGGGGAAAGUGCCCACAAUGGGAAGAUUGGUCGAAAUCAACGGUUCGACUAUUUCAAUAAUCGUCAAGCGACGCGAUGGAUCCGGCCAAGAAUGCAAGCUUUGUUUCCCAAGAUUUGGCUUUAGCGUCUUACCGGCAUCCCUCGCGGAAGCUAGCAAGAUGUAA